AUGUACGAUCCCAGUGCAGCGAUCACAGAGAUGGGUAAAGACUCGCUCCCUGCCUGGCUGCACUGGGACGCCAACAGCAGAAUCCUCCAGGGUUUACCUCUGGACGAGGACAAAGGGGUCCACUACAUCUCCGUGUCCAUCUCGCACAAAAAGUCCUCUUCUUCAUCGGAGGUGUUUUCCAUCGAGGUUCACCAUGAAGAUCACAUGGACGCAGAUUCAGCGCAGGUGGCGUCGAACCAAGUCGCUGAAGACGAAGUCCAGCCGUUCUCUUGUACCGACGAGGAACCGGUCACAGUGCUCACGGUGAUCCUGGAUGCGGAUUUGACCCAAAAUGAAUCAGAACAGAGGGUGGCGCUCCUGGACAGCAUGAGGAGUUUUUCUGGGGUGGGGCUCCAGCACAUGAAGAUCCUCCCUGUAGUCAACAAUAGGCUGUUCGACAUGUCUGCGUUCAUGGCUGGACCGGGUAAUGCCAAGAAGGUGGUGGAAAAUGGAGCUCUGUUGUCCUGGAAGCUCGGCUGCUCUCUGGACCAGAGCACCGUCCCGACUCACAGUGUCCAGGGUCCCGCAAAGGAGGGCACAAUGUCGGCCAAGCUGGGCUAUCCUGUGGUGGGCUGGCACAUCGCCAACAAGAAACCCCACGUCCCAAAACGAGUGAGGCGCCAGUUAAAUAACACUCCCACACCUGUUCUGGCUGUGCUUCCCCCUACAACUGUCGUGGAGCCUCCAGUGAGGAUUAUCCCAACCCUGUCCUCACCGUCCAUCGCUGGACCGACUGAGAGUUCCGCCCCCCCUGUAAGAGGCCCCGUCCCCCUGCCAGGCAAGCCCACGAUCCGAGUCCGUGACCCUAUUGCACACACCCCGACCUUGGGACCUCCUCAGCCGACAAGAGUGAUGGACACCAGCACCAUACCCAUCCAGCCAACCAUGACCAGGCCCACUUAUGUGGAAGCCACUGCCACACUCCCUCCCCCUACCAGAAGACCCACAAAGAAACCUAAGGACCCCAAAACGACACCAGUGCCAAGAGAACCAAAGACAUCUACAGCUAAGCCGAGACACACCACACAAUCUCCAGGCGUCGUCCCAGAUCCAUACAACGUUAAACCUAUCUUGCGCAAUCCUCUCGACCAAGUGAAUGCAUUAGUGGGCACCUAUUUCGAGGUAAAGAUUCCCUUAGACACUUUCUUUGACUUAGAAGACGGGACAACAGACAAGCUCCGUCUGACCUUGAGACAGCACAACAAUGAAGUGGUCGCAGAGGGCUCCUGGAUCCAGUUCAAACACACCAGCCAACUGCUUUACGGCCUACCCGACGUUCAACACGUGGGAAAACAUGAAUAUUUCAUGCAGGCGACCGAUAAAGGUGGCCAGACUGCGAUCGAUGCGUUUGAGGUCCGCGUGAAACCGCUGGCCUUAAACGACAAAACACCGGUGAUCUUUACGGCCCGAUUCGAAGGCGAACCGCGUUCUGUAACUAACGACAUUCAAAAGAUUCUGUUGGUCAAGAAGCUGGCGUACGCUCUAGGAGACCGUAACAGCAGCACCGUGAGUCUACGAAAUGUCAGCAAAGGGUCCAUCGUGGUUGAGUGGACGAAUACGAGCCUCCCGACGCCACCGUGUCCAAAAGAACAGCUGGCAGCCAUGAGCAAGGCACUAGCCAACGCUGAAGGAACGCCCACGCAGAGUUUCCGUUAUGCAAUGGAACCUGAAUUCCGACCUCUGGAUGUCAUGGUCAAAGGAAGGGCAAGUUGCAGAACGUACUCCUUCAUCCCACCACGAGAGAUCGAUAUACCAGAACCUGCGGCGGUCACACCAGGUCUGGGAUCGAGCCGUCAAAGCACAGACGAUGUCUAUCUCCAUACGGUCAUUCCUGCUGUGGUUGUCGCAGCGAUCUUGCUAAUCGCAGGCAUCAUCGCGAUGAUUUGCUACAGAAAGAAACGAAAGGGCAAACUGACCAUCGAGGACCAGGCCACUUUCAUCAAGAAGGGCGUGCCCAUCAUUUUCGCAGACGAACUGGACGACUCCAAACCGCCUCCGUCCUCUAGUAUGCCCUUGAUUCUACAGGAAGAGAAACCCCCGCUCCCACCCCCAGAAUACCCCAACGUGGCCACACCAGAGACCACUCCUCUGAACCAGGAACUGUUAGGAGAGUACACAGCUCUGAGGGACGAGGACCCCAACGCCCCCCCCUAUCAGCCGCCUCCUCCCUUCACCACUCCGAUGGAAGGCAAAGGCUCCCGCCCCAAGAACAUGACUCCCUACAGAUCUCCGCCCCCUUAUGUGCCACCCUAAGACUUGUUUAACCCUCCCCCCCUGCCCCCCCAGGGCGGAGGGAGAGGACGCCCGAGGAACUGUGACGGUUUCCAUUCUGGUGUUUUGUCUGUGCGGACAUUUACAGGGAGGGACGACAAAGAGGUGCUAAAGUACAAAACAACUCCAGGGGACUGUGGUCAGGGUCGGGGGGGGUCAUGUGCCGGAUGGUGGUGGUGGUGGUGGGGGGGGGGGGUUUCAUUGGACAGAUGGGAGGAUUGCUUGAAACAGCUGGGAGAGACUACUGUUUUUAGUGGUAGCCCAGCUACUACAGUGGCCUAAGACAAACAACUUCUCGUCGUCAUAUCGGAUUUCAGAUUGACCAGCUGGUCACAUGGGAGACGUGCUCUCCCUUCCCGGCAUUUCAUUUUUUUUUUUUUUUUUUUUUUUUCAGUUAAUUUGGAUACCAGGUUUGAUUUCUGGGUUUUUCAUCUUUAUCCCGAGAGUUUGGUUUUUUUUUUUUCCGUCGUCUUCUUUUUUUUUGUUUUCUGGACUGAAUCAUUUGCCUAACAACUUGCUCUUUUGUCUUGUUUUUCAAUAAUACGAGAAGACGGUGAACUGCCAUCAGACCGCUGCAGGCGACGACUCGUGUUUUUAUUAAGGAGAGCGAGAUUGUCAAAAUGCGAAAACACGACACGGGAAUCUCAAAUAACUCCUGAAGACAACGCAAAAGAACGGGAGUGUGUUUGUGUGUGUGUGUGUGCGUAUGAAUGAGUGUGUGUUUAUUCAGAUUCAAUACGGUUUGCCUUUUAACACUAGUUGUCUGUUUCUAUCCUUAUUCACAAUGUCUAGUAAAGAUGAGAAUAACAAAGGUAGCCUAAAAAAGAUUUAGAGAUGAAUAAAUAAUUAGUUUGUUUCAUUGUUUUUAAAAAUUCACUGUAUAUCUGGAAGAUGUUCAGAUAGAUUGUGUUCUAUUUUUUUUUCUUUCGUUUUUUUCUUCUUUUUUUUGGGUGGUGGAAGAAAGUGAGAAGAAAAGG